AUGUGCAAGUCCAAGGGCUUCGUUGCCGUCGACCCUGACAACGUGGACGGCUACACAAACGCCAACGGCGUGGGCCUCACUGCCGCCCACCAGCUGUCCUACAACACGUUCCUGGCCAACGAGGCGCAUGCGCAGGGGCUGGCUGCUGGACUCAAGAACGACCUUGGCCAGCUGACCCAGCUGACACCCCACUUUGACUUCUUCGUCAACGAGCAAUGCAACGAGUUUGGCGAGUGUGGGAUGUACACCCCCAGCAAGGCGGCCGGCAAGCCCGUCUGGAACAUCGAGUACACCUCAACCAACUUCAAUAAGGGCUGCCCUCAGCAGGCCACCAUGGGGAUGCGCACCACCCUCAAGAGCCUGAGCCUGACUGCGUCGCCCUUCACCGAGUGCUCGACCAACCCGUGGCCAUACCCGUCUCCAAGCCCCAGCCCGUCCCCGUCCCCAAGCCCCACCCC